AUGAAAUCCUGGCCGAGCUCUCAUUUACACGUCACUACGGUCGAAAGGCUACUGAAAAGGAAGUUCUUCCAGCUCGGAUUACCUGACGACAUCGCCCAUGCCGCUCGUUCGGACCAUGGCGAGGCAGAUGGGGCUGUCCAACGCAAGGCGGUUCCCUUGCGGAAAGAGUAUAGACGGAAACACUUUCAGCUUUUCCUCGAGCAAGAGCGCGAAAAGGCUGCCAAUGGACCAAACCCGUUGCACGUUCGCGAGCAGACAGAGAUGCUUGACUUUUGCAAACGGAGGAUAGCGCACCUUGGAGGCCUUUCUGCGAGGCUUGAUCAGACAACGGAGGUAUAUCUUGAUGUCUGCACGAAGACGGGCCCACCAAGAGAGCACGGGGACCAAGUGCCAGAGUCCGAGAAGAUGAGCGUUGCGGAAGUGAAGGAUCUUGUCUCGGAGACUCUAACUCAAUACCGACACCUACAGGACAUGGUGCUCGAAGAAUUGAAUCACCUACAGAAACCCACUCCCGCGCUGCUGGCAAUUGAAGCUGAAAUGGAGGAAUACGCCACGAAGGUGCGGGCGUGCCGUAGCCUCACCUCCAAAUGGCGGCAGUUUCCGAACGAGAUAUGGACACGUAUCUUCGAGAGUUUCGUGUUCUCCACCCCUCCCCCAGCGACAUCAUUUUCGAACGCUACUUUUCUCCCUCCUGCGUUGCUGCUUUGUGCAGUUUGCAAGCUAUGGCGCGCUAUUGCGACGACUUCUCCCGUUCUUUGGCACCUGGUCCAUGUGCAUACGUUCGUAUUCCCGGAUGGCAGUAAAGACUCCGAUGGCAUGUUUAUUGCCAGACAGGAGCUUGCAAAGACCAUCGUUGUCCUUGAUAGGAUAAAAGCCUACCCGUGGUCACUCAGUCUGGACGUUCAGCAUUGUUGGGACGCGGAAGCGUGGGGUGGUCUGGCACCCUUCGGCAAUGCCAUACAUCCCCCAUCUCCAUCUCACGAAACUCAUCCUGACCCCCGUCAUCAAAUCCGACCAUCGAGUCUCCUCCAACACCCUUCAUUCGCGCAUCUUGCCAGAGUUCGUAUCAAGGGCGUUUCCUUCCAAAGCGACGUCAGCUCCAUCGUUUUUGCGUCCGCGAAGCACGUCCUUCUCCAAUGCACUGCCAGCGAAUACUACCACGACUGGACAUGGGAUGUUGACACCAGUCCUUCCAAACCUUUUCCUCGAUUUCCAGCUGCCACCACAAUGGUCCUUCACUGCGGAACGCCACUACACCCAGCAGGAGUCAAUUUGGAGGGUUGUCCCUGGGCGAAUCUCACCCAUCUCGCUAUCUCCCCUUUGGAGCACCAAACGUGUCAAUCGAUUCUCAGGCUGGCUCCGUCAGUCGAGCGAUGCUACUUUUGGAUUCGGUCCCGGCGUGACAACGAUCCUCCCCGUGAUAUCACUGAAGGGUUGCCCCCGCUGCCCUCUGGAACCGUCAAGUCCAAGGUAUCAGAGCUAACAAGUCUUCACAAAAACCUCUUUUCGAUCCCCAUCACGGGGUUGGAGUUUCCGGACUUGAAGACACUCCGCGUCGUGAUCCAUGGAUAUCCCCCGGAUGUGUUCACAUGGGCCCCGUCCAAUGCGGCACAUUUCAGUUCGCUGAGGCGACUGUGCAUGGCGGGGACAGGUCUCUUCUCUGUGGAAGAGUACAUCAUACCCAUACUUUCUAUGACUCCCCAGCUCUCCGAGCUGAUGGUUCUCCUCAAGGUGGACUACAAGAUCCUAUUCGAAUGGCUCACUUUCGAUCCGAACCGGCCACGGCUUCAGCAUUUACGGUAUCUGACGGUUUUUUACGCCUUCAAGGAUCCUACGAGCUCUGGGUUUGAUUGUACCCGUCGGUAUACGAUGUCCGCUUUGGACGAAUUGGUUGCCGUGAUUCGCUCGCGGAGUGUCCAGCGCGACGAAGUUUCCCCAGCUCAGACACCCGAUCCACUCGUGCAUGCAAGAGUGUGGUUUCAAUCGGGAAAGCUCUCAAGUGGAUGUAUCAAGAGGCUCCAGACAGGCUUAAAACCGUAUCCACCUGGAUUCUCUCUGGAGGCGAAGAUAAUGGGGGAUGGUGUUCUGAAGGUACCGCACGUUGAGAGGACCCGGCACUGGGAUGAAGGCUUUAUGAGUUGUUUCGAUAGGGCAAACCGUUCUUUCAUUAGCUCUUAUGUAUAG